AUGGCGACCCGCGAAAGUUUGAACAAAUUACAUCUAAGCUCGAUAAAGGUUUUUGCGACAGAACAUGAAAUAGAGACUACACAAAACUUCAAGGGCCUGGACAAAGCAGUGCAGCACUUCGAUGUUGAUGACAUCCAAGAAGUAGGAAUGGCACAUGCAAUGAAAAUUCUGCAUGAUACCUGUAGUCACAACAAAACUUAUUGCUUAUGA